AAAAAGUGAGAAGAGGAGAGGGGGAGAGAUAACGUAAUUUAUAUCUCUAUACAAAGAGAGAACACAAGGAGUUUGCACUUUGUAUAGAGAUAUUAUCCUUGGAAGGAAACGAUGGAGAGAAGGAGGAGUGGCGGAGAUCAUGGAGAGAAUUACAGAAACCCUUUUGAUGGAGGAGAAGACCAGGUCUCUUCCGCUGAUGAGAAAGAGGAGGUUAUGGUUGAAGAGGGAUUCAAGGACACAGAAGUUCCCCCAUGGGCGAAGCAAAUUACUUUGAGGGCCAUGUUAACAAGCCUGGUUUUGAGUAUUGUGUUCAACUUCAUUGUUUGCAAGCUUAAUCUCACAACUGGUGUGAUCCCUUCACUUAAUGUUGCGGCCGGCUUGUUGGGUUUUGCCAUCCUUAAAUUCUGGACUUCAUUGCUUGGAAAAGCUGGAUUCUUGAAGCAGCCUUUCACUAGACAAGAAAAUACCGUGGUGCAAACAUGCGUGGUUGCCUCUUCUGGCAUUGCAUUCAGCAGUGGGACUGCAAGUUACUUGCUUGGUAUGACACCAAGGAUAGCUAAUCAAUCAGAAGGAGGGAAUACACCUGCAAACAUGAAAGAACUCCAUCUUGGUUGGAUGAUUGGAUUUCUGUUUGCUGUGAGCUUUGUUGGCCUGUUCUCUAUUGUGCCUCUGAGGAAGCUGAUGAUCUUGAAGUACAAGCUAACAUAUCCUAGUGGAACAGCCACUGCAUACCUUAUCAACAGCUUUCACACACCUAAAGGAGCCAAGCUAGCAAAGAAGCAAGUUUCUGUCCUGUUCAAAUAUUUCGCCGGCAGCUUUUUGUGGGCCGGUUUCCAGUGGUUUUGGACUGCUGCAGAUGGAUGUGGAUUCGCUAGCUUCCCCACUUUUGGACCCCAAGCCUUCGCUCGCAGGUUCUACUUUGAUUUCUCAGCAACAUAUGUUGGUGUUGGAAUGAUCUGUCCUUACAUGGUGAACAUUUCCUUGCUUCUUGGAGCCAUCCUAUCAUGGGGAAUCCUGUGGCCAAUUAUUGAGACUAAGAAAGGUGACUGGUAUAGCGCUGACGAAAAACCGUCAAGUCUCCAUGGAAUCCAGGGAUACAGGGUUUUUAUGGCUAUUGCCACAAUGUUGGGCGACGGUCUUUUCCAUGUCAUCUUCAUGCUUUCCAAAACCACAAUUAGUCUAAUAACUAAUAUCAAGAAGAAAGACUCUGAGGUUCCUGAUUUUGGUGAUGAUGAGAACUCUAAGCUUGUGAAGUAUGACGAAAAGCGUAGAACGGAAUUCUUUUUAAAAGACCAGAUCCCAAAUUGGGUAGCUGGAGGUGGCUACAUCCUUCUAGCAAUCGUUUCUAUCAUUGCAGUGCCACAUAUCUUUCCUCAAUUGAAAUGGUACCAAAUUCUGGUUGCUUAUGUGAUUGCCCCAGUUUUAGCCUUCUGCAAUGCCUACGGAUGCGGUCUUACAGAUUGGUCUCUUGCAUCCAACUACGGCAAAUUUGCCAUCAUCAUCUUUAGUGCUUGGGUUGGCCUCCCGAAUGGUGGUAUCAUUGCUGGUCUUGCUUCUUGUGGUGUGAUGAUGAGCAUUGUCUCAACAGCAUCUGAUCUUAUGCAAGACUUCAAGACAGGAUACCUCACCCUCUCGUCUCCUCGCUCUAUGUUCUUCAGUCAAGUCAUAGGCACCGCCAUGGGUUGUGUUUUAACCCCAUUAGUAUUCUGGGUCUUCUAUCAGGCGUACCCUGUCGGUGAGGAAGGUAGCGCCUACCCUGCACCUUAUGGUGGAGUCUAUCGUGGGAUUGCCAUGCUUGGUACUGAAGGUGUUUCUUCCCUCCCCAAGAAUUGCUUUAAAUUCUCCAUCAUAUUCUUCAUCGCCGCCAUGGUUAUUAACCUUGUGACCGAGUUGUUAAGGAAAUACGAAACCAAGUACAGAAUCUACAGGUUCAUUCCUAGCCCAAUGUGCCUGGCAAUUCCAUUCUAUCUUGGUGGCUACUUUGCCAUUGACAUGUGUGUUGGGAGUUUGAUUCUCUUCCUCUUGGAGUUAAGUAACAAGCAAAAAGCCAGUGACUUUGGCCCGGCUGUCGCAUCUGGCCUCAUUUGUGGCGAGUCUUUGUGGGGUAUCCCUGCGGCCAUUCUUGCUCUUUCCGGUGUCAGUCCUCCAAUGUGCAUCAAGUUCCUAACAGCUGCUGUUAAUGACAAGGUUGACGGCUUCUUGAGUGGUUAAUGGCGAUGUUAAAAACGGGUGUUUAUGAUCAUAUUUCGAGUCUGCAGGAUCCUUUUCACUUGUUGUAAAUAUUUCAGCAGCAGCUUUUUUCUUCUUUAUUUUAUCACCCUUUCUGUAGUUACAGCUCCUUUCUAAAUUAGAC